GCUUCACACUCUCCACCACUAGUAUAUAUAAACAUAAAAUAAUUGUGUGCUGCUGCCACACAAGUACUAUAUAUAUAUACACCUACCUCAACCUCUAGCUAUACUUUAAUUUUUCAAAAAAUAUGGGCUCAUCUAAUAAUGGAGUUUCCAACACUGGCCUUGAUCUGGGCUUAGGCAAUUCCCAGUACCACAAGGCAGGUGAUCAAAAUCAUGAUCACGAAAAUAAGAAGAAGCUAAUCUGGUUGAGAUAUGAUCAUGUAUUGCCAUCUCUUACACUAGGCACAUCAUCAUCAUCAUCAUCAGAAUAUGAUCAUCAUCAUCAUCAAACUGUGGAUCAAGCAUAUCAAAUGACUGAAAUAUUAUCAUCAUCUUCUGCUCAUCAUCAUCAUCAGGAUUUGCAUGGACGACCAGCCAAUUAUUCUCUUAGCACCGUCUCAUCUUUCUCUAACUCCUCCACUACUGUGAAGAGAGACAGAUCAGACGGCGGCGGUGGUGGCGAAGAGUUUGAGGUAGAAGCAGAGUUGGAGAGAUUCUCAGGUUCGAGGGUGAGUACCAAUGAUGAAUUAGAUGAAGAUCAGGCUAGUCCCAGGAAGAAACUCAGGCUCACUAAACGACAAUCUGCUCUUUUGGAAGACACCUUUAAGGAGCAUAACACUCUCAAUCCAAAGCAAAAGCAGGAUUUGGCAAGACAACUGAAUCUAAGGCCUCGACAGGUAGAAGUAUGGUUCCAAAACAGAAGGGCUAGGACUAAGCUGAAACAAACUGAAGCAGACUACGAGCUAAUGAAAAAAUGUUGCGAGACUCUCACAGAAGAAAAUAAAAGGCUUCAAAAGGAACUACAAGACCUAAAAUCACUGAAAGUAACGGUGCCGUUUCUUGUGCAGAUUCCGUCCACGUCAGCCACUCUCACUAUAUGCCCUUCUUGUGAGCGGAUUUGCGGUAACGGCGGUCAUGACGGCUCUUCUUUUCUGAAAAUUGGAGCAAAGCCUCAUCACAAUAGCUUCUCCAAGCCUUUCAUCACUAAUUCCUCUGCUGCUUGGUAGCUACGCAUGCAGUGACUUAGGUACGAACGAGGGUCGAGAUCAGCUAUACCAUUACCAUACAGACAGGCACAGGACUGUUUAUAUAUAUAUAUAUAUAUGCUAGCUAGCGUUCACAGUGUCAGUCAGUAGUACGUGAUGUACUGUAUAUCAUAAUCAAUCAUUAUUAUAAUAAUUAAUCAUCUGUUUUAUGAUGUAUAAUUAUUAUUAUUUAAGUUAAAUUAUUAUUAGCUCCUAGCUAGAUGAUAUAACAAUUAAUAACUGAUCUAUUUGUAAGGAUCAAGUACGUGAGAUAUUUCUACGAUUUUUAUAAUUUCUAUAUACAUAUUUUUGUAAGUUUCAAUUUAUUCAUGUUAUUAUUAAUUCGUGGAUUUUAUUAAUGAUUUUCAUUGCAAAGUUAGGUCUGUCUCUAUAUAUGUAUGUACCAGUGAGUUUAUUAUAUAUGUACUGGUUUUUGUCCUACUCCUAA